AUGUACGGCUACAAACAGGCUAGAAACCCUGUCACAGAAACCCUGUCACAGAAACCCUGUCACAGAAACCCUGUCACAGAAACCCUGUCACAGAAACCCUGUCACAGAAACCCUGUCACAGAAACCCUGUCACAGAAACCCUGUCACAGAAACCCUGUCACAGAAACCCUGUCACAGAAACCCUGUCACAGAAACCCUGUCACAGAAACCCUGUCACAGAAACCCUGUCACAGAAACCCUGUCACAGAAACCCUGUCACAGAAACCCUGUCACAGAAACCCUGUCACAGAAACCCUGUCACAGAAACCCUGUCACAGAAACCCUGUCACAGAAACCCUGUCACAGAAACCCUGUCACAGAAACCCUGUCACAGAAACCCUGUCACAGAAACCCUGUCACAGAAACCCUGUCACAGAAACCCUGUCACAGAAACCCUGUCACAGAAACCCUGUCACAGAAACCCUGUCACAGAAACCCUGUCACAGAAACCUUGUCACAGAAACCCUGUCACAGAAACCCUGUCAUCAGGAAAACCACAGCAUCACCAUCAACAACAUACACAGCAUCACCAUCAACAACAUACACAGCAUCGCUAUCAACAACAUCCACAGCAUCGCCAUCAACAACAUACACAGCAUCACCAUCAACAACAUCCACAGCAUCGCCAUCAAAAACAUCCAGAGCAUCGCUAUCAACAACAUCCACAGCAUCGCCAUCAACAACAUCCAGAGCAUCGCCAUCAACAACAUACACAGCAUCGCUAUCAACAACAUCCACAGCAUCACCAUCAACAACAUACACAGCAUCACCAUCAACAACAUACACAGCAUCACCAUCAACAACAUACACAGCAUCGCUAUCAACAACAUCCACAGCAUCACCAUCAACAACAUACACAGCAUCGCUAUCAACAACAUCCACAGCAUCGCCAUCAACAACAUACACAGCAUCGCCAUCAACAACAUCCACAGCAUCGCCAUCAAAAACAUCCAGAGCAUCGCUAUCAACAACAUCCACAGCAUCGCCAUCAACAACAUCCAGAGCAUCGCCAUCAACAACAUACACAGCAUCGCUAUCAACAACAUCCACAGCAUCACCAUCAACAACAUACACAGCAUCACCAUCAACAACAUACACAGCAUCACCAUCAACAACAUACACAGCAUCGCUAUCAACAACAUACACACAUCGCCAUCAACAACAUCCACAGCAUCACUAUCAACAACAUACACAGCAUCGCUAUCAACAACAUCCACAGCAUCGCCAUCAACAACAUCCACAGCAUCGCCUUCAACAACAUCCACAGCAUCGCCAUCAAAAACAUCCACAGCAUCACAAUCAACAACAUCCACAGCAUCGCCAUCAACAACAUCCACAGCAUCGCCAUCAACAACAUCCACAGCAUCGCCAUCAAAAACAUCCACAGCAUCGCCAUCAACAACAUACACAGCAUCACCAUCAACAACAUCCACAGCAUCGCCAUCAACAACAUCCACAGCAUCGCCAUCAACAACAUCCACAGCAUCGCCAUCAACAACAUCCACAGCAUCGCCAUCAACAACAUCCACAGCAUCAUCAACACCAUCAACAACAUCCACAGCAUCGCCAUCAACAACAUCCACAGCAUCAUCAACACCAUCAGCAACAUCCACAGCAUCGCCAUCAACAACAUCCACAGCAUCGCCUUCAACAACAUCCACAGCAUCGCCAUCAACAACAUCCACAGCAUCGCCAUCAACAACAUCCACAGCAUCAUCAACACCAUCAACAACAUCCACAGCAUCGCCAUCAACAACAUCCACAGCAUCAUCAACACCAUCAGCAACAUCCACAGCAUCGCCAUCAACAACAUCCACAGCAUCGCCAUCAACAACAUCCACAUCAUCAUCAACACCAUCAGCAACAUCCACAACAUCGCCAUCAAUCUUAACGAUGAACAUUUAG